AAAAAAAUGGAUAUUCAAUAUUGGUACAACACACUUUUAAAUUUCUUUAAUGAAAUGGACCAGAUGGCUGCAUCGUGUUUCGUGGCAAUAUGUGUUUUUCUGGUCGUAAUUUUGUUGUGUUUUAGACAAAAAGACCGUUCCAUUUGUGUUGGCAUUACUAACAUAAAAAGCGAAGAAUGCAUUCCCGAGUUCCCUUCAGGUGUCACAAACGAGAAAAAUGUUCUUCCUGUGUCAUGCGAUAAUAACUGUGGUAAGAAUGAGCGUCACUCUCAACCUGGAGAUACAAGUGAAAGAAAGAACGAAAAUGUUUCUGAGCCUGAUAGUAUUCGUGAAACAGCAAAAAACAUUGUUCCUGAAAAUCUUGUCACACUUAUUGAACCUCUCGGCUUCGUUAUAAAAGAUAUACCUGCGGGGGAGAACAAUAUGUUUGAAGCAAUAGCCGACCAGUUGCUGUUGCAAAAUAAGUCAGGAAAUUAUACUGCAUAAAUAGUUCGUCAAAGGGCUGAACAAUACUUAGCGAACAAUGUCGACGAUGCACGACUGGUCAUGUUCACUGCACGCACAAGGGACAUGCCUCAAGAACCGAAACAGAACGACCAAAUGUUGUUGUAUGCCGUAGCGAAUUCUUUUAAAAGAGCGAUAGAGGUAUAUCAUGCCGGCAAACUGGACGCAUCCAUAGUGCGCCCAGCUUUGGCUUUACAACACAAUACAGUGCAUACCCUGUGCUUAGGAUUCGAUGGACGUGACCAUUACGUUUCUCUUCGCCCUUUUGAAGACGAAAAUGGCUUUGAAAUGAUAGAUAUUCCAACAGAACAACAAACUGAAGAUCCGCAAGACAUACAAGAACAAGGAGAAUCUUUUGGUGAACACCAAACCCCGAACAGUAUCAAUAAUGAAACUAGCCAAAUACAAGUGAUUUUAUCAAAUGGCAAAACUAUUGAUGUAAACAUAAGAACGACUGAACAGCCGCCCGUGCAAAACGGACAUGAGUUUGCGGAGAGACUUCUAAUAAACAUAGAAGUUGAUACACGCACUAAAACACCAGAAGAAGUAGAACAAUAUGAAGAAGACAUAGUCUCGAACCUUAAAAAAGAGAGUGGAGCAGAGGAGUUGCAUAGGAUCGCAGACAGACAUGGGCUAGAGUUUGAACUUGCAAAGAAGGAGUGCGUUUGUCUGUACUUUAAAGUCAAAGAUGCUAAAUUAGCUCUUGCAUUCUUACAGAAACGCAAAAUACGAAACGAAUACAUAUCGAAUAUAUUGAAGUUUAUAAUGAACCUCAGCAGUAUUGAUGGGCAAUUUCCGGAUAUUGUCAACGUAUCCAUAAACCCUCAAUUCAAUGUUCAAGACACAGAUGCAUGCCCGAAACAAUAUUUUGCAAGGAAGAAUGCCUUUACAUCUUCGAAACAUGUCAGUGAUGACAAAGAGGACACAGCCAUGUCUACUGUCUCGACAGGAAUUUCGUUCGUUUUCAAACGCACACGUUCCCAUUCGACUCCGCUGCGUGCGCAAGGCAUAGAGUUAUCAGAAGAAUUGGCAAACUUUUUGCAAGAAAGGAGGAUACGAGAUAUUUCCAACAUGCAUUUGGAAAUUGAACACUUUUGUUUUCACGAAGCAAAGCCAUGUGCUGGUGAUCCGAGCGAAGUGUUGCAAGUUGUUGGAGACAUGGUUGUUAGAAUACGGACCAUGUUUGGACCUUCGGGAACUGCAUUUAGAAUUGGCACAGAUUAUCUUAUUACAGCGAAGCACGUGCUACUCCUCGCAUCAUUCGAGAGUUUAGAGGAAACGGACUAUGCAAAUGUAGAAGCGCUCUUUAAAGACGAAGACCAGCCCAGGAAAGUAAAAAUAGUAUAUGCUUCUGGCUAUCUCGACAUAGCCAUUCUGAAAAUUUGUGAAAUAGUUCAGAAACCAUUAAAGAAACUGGAAACCCCCGUCGCUGUCACCUUUCUUGAACCAGGGCAGCCGUUUUAUUUGGUCGUACACAGUUCCUGGAAGAAACAGGCAGUUGAGAAAACGGUUGCAAUAGCUAAUAAGUUCUCUCCAAACGCAAAUCCGACCUUCGAGUGUUUCCACAGUGAGAAAUUUGUUCCAGGAUCUUCGGGGGUCGGCUGGCGUUUUGAUAUUAGAAAACCGAGUUUACCUUGCAAAUAUUCUCAUUGGAGUACAGCUUGAUAGAGACUUGGCUGACAAGAAUCAUGUUGGUAUCAAAAUGUCAGCAGUUUACCAAGAGCUAAUGCAGAAGGAACCCGAUCUUUGCAGUUUUCUUUUCGAAGACUUUGCCAGAGAGAUUGACGCGCGAAAUGAUCGGUUUCAGUCUUUGAUGAAUCAUACUUCAGUUUUAUAGCAGCAGUAGUACAGAGACUUAAGGACCAAUACAUGCACGAAUGGAUAGCUCCUUCGGAUAGUUCUAAACUUAAAAUGUAUGUCCACAUAAAAAACAAUAUUGAGCAUGAGUACUAUUUAGACAAAUUAACAAUUAGACGGUUUAGAAGUUCAGUAGCUAAAUUAAGAUGUUCUUCACAUAAAUUAGAAAUUGAAUACGGAAGAUAUUCAAAUAUUCCAUCGACUGAAAGACCAUGUAAACUAUGUUUUGGGGACGUAGAAUCAGAGUAUCAUUUUGUAAUUAAAUGCCCUGCCUAUUCUGAUUUACGAAAGAAGUAUUUACCGGCUAAUUAUUUUGAAAACCCAAGUAUACAUAAACUUUACAGUUUGCUUAGUACAAAAUCAGAAAGCCUGUUACAAAAUCUGUCAUUGUUUGUAUAUUAUGCUUUUAUG